GUGAAAGCUUGGAAAGAGGAAAUUAUACGAGUGGUUAUUCUUCAAAAAUUUACCGUGAUUUUUUGUACUUUUGCAGCAUGAAAACGGUGGAAAUUUAAGUACACAUUGCGAGGAACCUAUUGGGCGAAACUCUUCCCAGCUGUGGCAAGAAAUCGCCGAAACAUUAACACAUAAAAAUGGCUUUGGCGCCGACGAGUUCAGAUGCGUGCAUGAGUAUUGUCCACAGUUUAAUGUGUCACAGGCAAGGCGGUGAAAGCGAAGCGUUUGCGAAGAGGGCUAUCGAGAGUUUGGUCAAGAAGUUAAAAGAGAAACGAGACGAAUUGGAGUCUUUGAUAACAGCUAUAACGACAAACGGUAGUCAUCCUUCAAAAUGCGUGACAAUACAAAGAACUUUGGAUGGCCGUUUACAAGUCGCUGGAAGAAAGGGUUUCCCUCAUGUCAUCUACGCUAGAAUAUGGCGCUGGCCUGACCUACAUAAGAACGAAUUAAAGCACGUUCAGUUUUGUCGUUUUGCAUUCGAUUUAAAGUGCGAUAAUGUCUGCGUUAAUCCGUAUCAUUACGAGAGGGUUGUGUCGCCAGGUAUUUAUAUUUUGUUAUGUUGAUUUUCAUUGUUCGUCGAAUAAUGCUUAAAGUUAUUGUUUUUCGUUGCCUGCCUUGUAUUUGUAUAGUAAUACUGUAUACAUAUUAUAAAUUUAUGUUGGUUAAGCAAACUUCAAGACAUAUAAAGGAGGAACCAUGUUUUAUAGUCAAAAUGACACUUACAAUCAAUUAGUGAAUACUUCUAGCCCAUUGAGUGGCAGCACUCUUCCCUUGCCAAGUAAAAUCAUCUGGCGUUAGCCAGAGCGAGAUAAUAAAGUAGGCCGCAUCAUGGCACAGUGCAGUUUAAUGGGUUGACAAGUAUUUACUAGUUACAGUUUGUGAAAUAUCCAAAUGACGAAUCCUGUAUUGCCUUAUGUCUGGCAGAUACCUCUAAUUAACAGAAAUUGCAACAUUCCCUGUUGUGUUCCAUUCCACUUGGACCACAGCUCUCCUUGGAGGGAACUGGAAGUUAACUCCCUCUCCUCGUAGUAUAUUUUAUUAUUAACAGAAGUACAGUAGAUUUUACACCAGUUGGCAGAAAUUUCCUCUGUCAGGCGAUCUUUUCUAGAACGACUCAAUCGAGUUUUGACUUUUGACUCCAGUAUCCUACCCGGGUCGCAAUCCCGGUGGUUAGGGAACUCCACCCCGAAGCCGGCUAGAAAUCGAGCCUAGGGUAACCCCUUCCAUUAGCAUUUGCAAUCCACAAGAAAUAGGCAGCACAAAUCAGUGUUUGGUAUGUACUGUACUUCACUUGAUUUCAUAACACAUGCACAGAUAUAGUCAUUUAUUAUUAUAGUACAGAGUGAGGUACUGAGAAAUACACAUGCACAGUGACAUAUUUUCCAUAUCUUCACUAGUGAAGAUAUCGAUCACGUGACUUUUUGUAUUUAUACAAUUUUUUGCUUGAGACUAUAUAAUAAACAGAACAUUACACAGUGACUUGAAGAUAUGACUUUUAUCUUCUCGUGUUAAAAACAAUGUUUUACUCACUUGCUGUGCUUGUUCGUAAAAUAUUGUUUUCACCACUCAAAGAUAAAAGUCAUAUCUUUGUGCCGCCAUGUAAUAUCCUCUAUAUCUUUUCUAUGACAUACAUGAUUUAUUUUAUGUUUUGUAGACCUUGGGAUAUCACUAACCCGUGGUAAGUUUUCAACUUCAGUUCACUAUCUAAGUAGUCGUAUUGCACAAAUCGUUUAUCUAAUGAUUAGCUAGUAAGCCACAAUGCAGCCAAAUUUAACCUACAGUAAGUAAGGCCUAACAAGAAAUGUCAUGUGGUUCCCAUUUCAUAUUCUAAAAAAAUUGGGUGGGUGGGUUGGAAAAUAAUUCUUUUUGCUUAUUAACAUUGAUCAGCAAUGGCCAUGAUCAGGUGCCACUGGCAUAACACAUAAGCAUUUCAAGAAGUAAUAACUAUGGGCAACAGACACUAUUUUUGGAGUUGGUAGGUAUACUACGGAUGUCACCAAAGUGUGCAAACGCUCAAAAAUAUGUAUCAUGUUCAUGCCCACAAUAUUUUUUUUCAUGUUUACAAUUUUUUAAACAGCCAAUUGGCACUUAGUAACUAAGUGCCAAUUAUAGUAAGAUAUUGAUUGGCAGAUAUUGAUUAGAAUUGUAUAUACUUGAAAAGAAUAUGUAGACGUGGCCGAGGGGUAAAUUACUCUGAAAAUCUUUGUAUGCUUCAUCAAAAAUAAAAAAAUCUUACUAAAUCGUAGAAUCCCAAAAUCCCAAGAAAUCUCUAAAAAUUGCAUAAAAUACUUGGAAAACCUCAAAAUUAUUGCAAUACUCAAUAUUCUAAUAAUUGGUGUGAAAAUGCCCUCUUCGUUGAUUUGCCUCGUUUUAAAAUAAUUUGACAGAUUAUAUGUCAGAUUAUUUGACAGAUUGUAUGGUUUUUUCAGAGUCCCUCAGUUGUAGCUGUGUUUGUAGUCUUGAACAUGAUAUGAAUUUCUGUUUGUUCUCACACAAAAGUAACAUCCUGUGGUUGGUAAAGCAAAAAAACUAAACAAAUAAAAAAAUAGGGAGGCUUGGUCAGGAAACCGGAACUACCGGAUAUUUUUUGUUAGGCCUCAUGAAUUAAUAUUAUACAGUUAUGAGUAGUAAAACUAAACAUUUUCUUAAAGGGGAUCCAAGUUUUCACCCUCCAGAUGUACAUCCUGAUAGACAAAUUCAUCAUUAUCCUGGUAAGGUUAUAAUUUAUAUUUAACCCAUUGAGCACCAGCACUUUAGUAAAAUAAUCUGUUAUUAAAUAUUUUUCUUAUACCAGAUGGACAAGCAAUGGGUCAUUCUGCUGCUGUAGAUGUCAAGACAAUAAAUGGUCAAGUAGUUGGAAUGUUAAUACAUUACAGUGUAUGACCACUGAGUACAAUCUGUGACGUAAUUCUUUCCGUUUACUCUAGGUUGGCCAGGUCAACAACCUGCUACGCCAAGCUAUCCUCAACAGUCAAGUACAAUCCAAUAUUGUAGGUUUCCUAUGAUCUGCCUCAAACACGUCAUUAUUCUCACUUGCCGCAUUUAUAGAUGUACUGUUAUUUACAGUCUAAUUUCUUUUCCACAUAGGGGAUCAGAAACAAGUCCCAGAGUGCGAGAUGCCUGGUCCGUUAUCCAAACAUCCUCGUAAGUUCUCAUUGGAACAUUUCUCAAUGAUUUAAGCCCUUGGAAAGUUAGGCAGGGUGUGAUAAAUCACAUAUUGAUGUACCGGAGGCACACCAGUAUUACGGUCUGGUACUUGUUUUUUAACCAUGUACCACAUAAGUGUGCAGAACUCUUGUUAUCAAUGUAGUUAUUACUUUGGAUGCUUUUGUCAGUUCAUCUCGCCCGAAAAAACGUGUUGUGUUUUACUGUAGUGUCAGAAUACUCAGGAAUGUUACUACAGUAUUAUUAGCAACUUUAGCAUAAUUUAUUGUGGACCAAUCAGGGGUAGCCAUUUCCACAAUAACAGUGUUUUGUUGUCUGCCCAUCUUUGUAAACAUGGCUAGGAAAAUCUUUCCUGGUUUUCCUUGGGCUUUAUUGUACAUCAGUAUGAUACUCAAUUGUGUGGCAAAUGAUGUUGCAUUUUCGAUAUAAUUUUGUUUCAGCCCCCGACCAUUGGUCAUCUAUUGCUUAUUUUGAAUUGGAUCAACAAGUUGGUGAAAUAUUCAAAGUACCAUCCAACUGUUCUUCUGUCACAAUUGAUGGUUAUGUUGACCCGUCUGGUGGUCAUCGGUUUUGUUUGGGUCAACUUUCCAAUGUCCAUAGAACUGAAGCAAGCGAAAAGGCAAGAUUACAUAUUGGUAAGUGGACGCAGGAGUUGACAAAGUCGAGAUUGCUGGGACCGACGGUCGCCAUAGACACAUCCAGGGGUGGGAUCCAGCAAGGUUUUUGUAGGGGGGGGGGUGCUGGGUGAGCAGCCAAGUAUAAUUCUUUAUGGGGUUGUGGGAGAGCAUUCAAAUGAAUUGGCUUCCUAACCACUCAAGCGCUGAAGGUGCAAGCUCCCAAGGGGGUUCAGGGGUAUCCCCCCGGAAACUUUUGAAAAUUAGAACCCUAGAAAUGCCAUUUCCUGCGAUAUGGGCAUUGAAUUAUGAGCUUCAGUUUGACUUCAAAAAAGGAAAAAGCUUGGAAAUUGUGCCAUAUUUCUGAAUUAGAUUUUAUUGCACCCCCCUUGCACCCCAAGGCCAACAGGGGUGCGCACCCCUGUUCACCCCCCGCCCUAUAAAUCCACCCCUGGAUACAUCAGAAAUGAAAAUUUCUUGCAGGCACAUUUUCUGAAAUUUUUCGAAACCGAAGAUAUAAAAUAAAUUCUCAUUUUUUUAUGCAAAUUCUUAAUCUGUUACCAGGGCAGGAAAAAAUAAUUUUCUUCCGGGAAGCACAAACUGGAGACACAAAUUUCCUGCAGACCAACGGAGUAUUUUUGUGCUAAAUCUGCAUGUGCAUAAACAUAUAGUGUUCUUAGACCAUGGUUUUAAAUUCAAGGAAUAAUGUCUGUCAGCCAUUUGUUGUUGCGCCCAUAGUGGGACAUGGGUUUCCUUCAAAUUUUCAACAGCAAAUCUUCAUUCAAACGAAUUUCCUGACUAUUAGAGACAUUGUCUGAUUUUUUGGUUAACUCAUUGAGCUGCAGAGCUUCCGUGUUACACAAGUAAAAAAAACUACUGUAGGUAGGGCGCACUGGGGUGCAUUCGCAUGCUCGCCUAUUUUUUCCACCCCUGUCUGCUAUUAGUCUAUUAAUUUUUUUGUUAAUUGGCACCAAUUUGAACUAGGGAUCCAAGGAUAGUGUGAAGUUUCAAAUUGAAAAAGACACUGCAAGAACUAUAUAGGGUCGCCGACAACCUAGAAAAGCUGAUGGCUUACACUACGAAAUAAACAGUUACCAAAGGCAUUUCAUCUCAUUAUUUAUUGCUUUUAAUACGCUCGGCACACGAGUAGCGUGACGUUUGAAACAAGCCUAACACAUCAGAACCUUGUGAAACUGAUGCAAUUUAUCUAUUUAUUGUGAUGCUACACGCGACAAUUCGAAAUUUAAAUUGUUUCACCAACAACCAAAUUUUGCAUAUUCUGAAUUUUCAUUUGCAGCUGUCGCUAAAAGCAUCCCCACUAGGCUACUGCUAUAUGCUAAAUUUAUCUAAAACUAUAAUUGAAAUAGCUGUAUAAGAUAUGUUAUGAAUAAUAAGCACUACGUCGUUACAUCAUUAAAAGGACGCAUUUUAUCCUCAUCCGUUCCGUAUUUUGUCCGCAUAUUCGUUCCGUGGAUCCGCUCCAUCCGCUUCCGCAUUUUAACCUAAUUGUGACAUGUUUCACAAUAACAAGUCUCAUUGACCUUUGACUUUUCUCAGUGUCACGUCUAUUUUCAGCUUUUCGCAUGUGUUGAAUAUAUUAAUGUCACUUUAGAUUUCAAUAGUUUCACAGUUAAGCAGUGUUUAAAUUAAAGCAGGUUUGACAAGCUUCGAUACAGUUCUGUGUACAGAAUACUACAGAUUGAUUCUCGUAAGAUCUGGUAGAGUUAUCGUCGCACUGAACACGAGUUUGCACCGUUGACAACGGCGUUGUGCUAGACAGUAAACAAAGAGAAGGUCCGUGACAGUACACGUUGGCUACAUGUACCUCCUUGCUUUUUUCUUCUAUUGCAUAAAGCUUGUUGGCGAGCCAAGCGAUUGGCGAUAACACGUUGGCAAUAACACAUUGGCUAUCUCCUCGUCUUUCUUAUUUAAAUAAGGAGCUCUGACUCAACUGAUUUCUUUAGUCUCGCAAGUUAUUUUCCUCGUAAACGCCGUACAAACGUUUACCCGUUUAAUAGUUGUUUAUGCUUUAUUGAUCUAGUACAGAUCUGAUGCAAUUUUUCGCUCUUUGUACUGAGUGUAGCCAUCUAUUCUGUGAUGUAGCACCUUAUACAGUCAAUGACAAUGUAUUCAUUAUACAGUCUAAAUAAUAUCGGUGGGCACUUACAUAUUAAUUGAUGCCGGUAUAAAUGCAUAACAUAAAUUUAUAUAUUGUAUUAUUGCGUAGAAUCUCGAAGAUUUUCUCAAUAUUCAUGUCUGAAAUGUUUAUAUACUUGAAAACAACACUGUCUCGCUUCUGCCUACGUACUGUACCUCUGUAUAAUGAGUAUGCCGUGAAAAUAAUAUCGGCACUCAAUUGAAUGCCUAUAGAAUCUCAAAGAUUUUCGACUCAAUAUAACAAUAUUUACGUCUGAAAUGUUUAUACACUUGACUGCACUGUCUAGGCGGUCUAACUCCUUCCUAGCUCUGUAUAACGAAUAUACCGUCUAAAUAUUAUCGGAACUUAAUUGAACGCCCGUAAUGCAUAAGAUCAAUUUAUAUUUUGCGUAGAUUUUCAAAGAUUUACUCAAUAUUCACGUCUCAAAUGUUUAUACAUCUCAAAACUUCUCUGUCACUCCUUCCUUGCAUAUCGUCACGCCAUCGUGAUCUACGGCUUGAUAGCGCAUGCGCAUUUGCGCUACUAAAGAAAAAAUCGGGUGUUCCGGGGUAAAGAUCCUUUACACAACAUGCAUGAGAAGCGAAUGUUCUAAAAUUUACAAAAAAUUACAAUAACGAAAGCGAUUCCUCGAUAUUUUGUGAACUUGGCAAAAGGAUAACAGAAUAUGUACAUAAGUUAACUGAAAUUGCCUAAAUAACCUUCAAAGCACUGACUAAGUACGAUAAAUCACUACGAACAUAUAUCGUAUACACCCCCCGGAAAGUUUACUGUAUGACUGAAUGAAUGAAUGAAUGAAUGACUGACUGACUGAUUCGUGUGAAUUUCCCCCCAGUCAUCACAAUACUGUGAAGUUUCGAAGAAACUUCACACUAAAAACCAGCAAGUGACCAACUUUUUUGACCGAAUAUUUGCAGGAAACACCCUAUUGCAUCGGAAACACCCUAUUGCUAAAUGGUUACAUAGAUGGCAUUGCAUACAAUAUAAAAAUAAAUAAAAUAACAGACCCAAUUAUUUACAUAUAUAACUAUAACAAGACUAACGAAAAGUCAAUGUUUUCUUGUUUGAAAGGCUUCAUAAAUGAAGUGCGCUUGAAAAAGGAAGAGUAUUUUAUCUUUUUUAUUAAGAUUAAUAUAACAGGGAUAUUUCAGAAUAAUAUCGUUAUAAAGUUUUUCUCUUUUCCAUUUAUUAAGAGUGCAUUCGAGAAGAAAAUGAAUUUCAUUUUCUAUAUCUUUGGAUUCACAAUUUUGACAUAUUCUUAAAUUUUCAACAUACCUCAUUAAGGUUUCAAUAUACCUCUUCUCAAGGCCAUAAUAGGUAACCAUAAUAACUUCUUAAUGAAAUAUUAUUUCAACAGGUAAAGGAGUGAAUCUGGAAUUACGUGGUGAAGGUGACGUGUGGGUGCGCUGUCUCAGUGAACACAGUGUGUUUGUUCAAAGUUAUUAUUUAGACCGCGAGUCUGGCCGCUCCCCAGGCGAUGCUGUACACAAGAUCUAUCCAGGUGCAUAUAUCAAGGUCUUUGAUCUGGGUCAGUGUUUCAGACAGAUACGUCAGCAAGCGCAUGCUGCCCAGUCGGCUGCCGCUGCUCAAGCGGCCGCUGUGGCAAGCGGUGUUGGCCCUGGAGCUCUCAUGCCAAUUUCUCAGCUUGGUACAGGUGAGUAAACACCCCAUGUAUGUUUGUGAUGUUACUCUGAGUGUAUAUCCACACCGGGCAAGCUUGAAAAAUAUGCCUGAGUAACAUCAGUCUGAGAGUAACAUCACAAACAUCAUAUUCACCUGAGUACAUAAUACCAACACAGACAAAAAUCAUGAUUAUUAGAUUGCAUUGAUAUCGAAGGAACUAGACUCAGUUCCGAAAUAUCACAUACUCGAACCGAUCUGAUCGCGUAGCUCAGUUGGUAGAGCAUUGGGCUAGUAUUCCAAAGGUCGUAGGUUCGAUUCCCACCGUGGCCAGGCAUAUUUUUCAAGCUUGCCGGGUGUGGAUAUACACUCAGAGUAACAUCACAAACAUAUUCACCUGAGUAGAUAACACCAACACAGACAAAAAUCACCCCAUGUAUAGUUUAAGUUCUAUCAAAGGAAAUAUGGCUGUGAAACUUCAUUUGAAUAACAAAUAACUCAUUAUCUAUGUUAGUCAACGUUUUAUUCGUAAAUCUGGUCCUAACUGACCAAUAGCAAUGUUUUAGGAAAGUUACCUAGUAUCCAGGACUCGAACAAUAGGGAAAUUGUUAUUGGUGGAUUUGGCAAAAAUACAAUACGCACGUGACGGUGAAGGACCAGAUUUAUGAAUAAACGUUGACUAACAUAGAUAAUGAGUUAUAUUGUUAUUCUAAUGAGUUUCACAGCCAUCUUCUCUUCGCGGAUAGGCUAUGGUUACUUCUAAAGUAAAACUGUCACAUGCCAGAUGAUAUUACUGCAGUAGUGGCAUAGUGCACUUUGUCCAGGAAAAGUUAACAUAAAAAAUAUUCAUUUCAUUAGGCAUUGGUGUCGAUGACCUUCGUCGUCUGUGCAUAUUACGUAUGAGUUUCGUAAAAGGCUGGGGACCGGACUAUCCGCGCAAAAGCAUCAAGGACACGCCAUGUUGGAUCGAAAUUCAUCUCCACCGUGCUUUACAGUUACUGGACGAGGUGUUGACAGCAAUGCCGAGCGGCGAUCAUAGACCGCACGAGAUGUAGGAACAGUGUAGCUAUACUACUAAAACAUAUACCCAUGUGUUCCUUAUAUGUAUACAUCAGAUAAUCGUAUUUAACGAUAUUACAACGUCACAAGAGCAAUUCAAGUUAACUGUUCGACGAUCGAGGAAUUUGGAAACAGUACCACAAAUCCUCAUCAAGGUGCUAAGGGAACAUGGACAUAUAGCAAUAUCAGGCAAUACAUUGUAAAAGCCUCUCAAUGAUUUGAAUGAGAACUGAUUAAGUGACUAAGCUUUACAUUGUUUUUAAAGCCAGGUUAUAAUAGGUCAUUUUAAUAAGCAAAUUUGCAUGGAAUUGACCUGUGAAGUCAGGGUGUGAUAAUUUGCGGACUUGCGUAUACCGGAGUAAAGCUGAUAUCGCUGUCUGGUGCUUCUUUGUUGUUUACUGCCAGACUAAACUAGACAGUCUAGACUACCUAUUUGCGUAUUCAUAUUUUGCUUUACCAAAACGACCAGAAAACUUUCCAUAAACCUUAAUGGGUAUUGGCAAUAAAAUUUAAAUAUGUUUAGACUGAAAGGACUCCUUAAACUGUAGAAUAAGUCAUUUUACAAUUUUUUUAUAUCUUUCUUUGGUUAGAAGAUAUUUCAGUUUAUAUAAUACCUUAUUGAUUUCUGAUCGUUUACUUGGCUGUUUAUGGUCACGUGAUAUUGAAUAGAAAAUUCCAUUUCCCAAGAGUGCAAUGGAAUACGUUCCAUUGCACUCUUUGCGAGUGCAAUUGUACUAUACGUUUUAUUCCAUUGCACUCUUUGUGUUUUCGAUAAAUCAUAUCCAUCAAAAUGCUACUCAUACGAAUCUAUUAGUCUAUUUUGGUAUUAUAUAAAACAAAUAAUUAAUGUUUAUUCGUGCAAUGGUAAGAAUAUACUCAUUCGGUGAAAGAGGGAAUGUUCCAUCUCUCACCUAAUGAAAAUAUUCUUACCAUUGCACUCAUAAACAUUCAUUAUUUGUAUAUUAUUUAUAUGUACUGUAAAUAAGAUGACGUCAAAAGCGGGAUAAAGUGUUUGAUAGACCACAGGACUCUUAAAAACUGCAUGUAUAAAUUUGGAUGCAAGAUUAAUCAAUAGAACCAUCGAUCGAUAUUGGCCUGAAUGACUUCCUCCAUUUUGAACAGCGAGCUAGCUUCCGACUUUGGCGCGAUUACCAAUCUUUGAAAAUAGUUUUACCAGCUUGUGACGUCAUAAAUUUAUUUCAUUUGUAUAUCAAACCAUGGAUAAUAAAAUAAAUUUAUUUUAUCUUUAUUUUAUCCUAAAAUAUCUCAAUAAUGAAAAGUGAUGAGAAAAGUUGUAAAAUAACUUAUUUUACAGUUUAAAGAGUUCUUUCUAUCAAAACAGACUUGAAUUUCAUUGCCAUUCCCCUUUUAAUUUAAGUAGCUGAAACAUGAUUGAACUGAGAAUAGACAAGAAAAGUUGCCAUCAAUUGUGUUUAAACAUGUAAUUGUAACUCGUUUUGGUUUAGCCCUUUCAGUUUAACGCAUCCUGAAAUCUUCAUUUGAGUUUGUAGAAACGAAGAUUUACAGUGCUUGCGCGACAACAGCUGGUAUUAUAUUGGCAAUUACCGAGUUUGCAUCCAAAAAUGUCAGCCACUGUUUAGUAGUUAGAGAAUAGAGCAUACAUGUAUACUGCUGUACCUAUAGAUACAGUAGAUGAAACGAUGUAGUAUAUUACUGUACAGAGAUAAUACAAAGGAACAAUUACCAUUGUGGUUUUGUUGUGUUAAUAUAAUUUAAUCACUUUCGAGGCUUUCGUUUUCCUAGUUUAGGUAUACAGGGUACGAAUUAAUAAUUUUUCUGGCCUUUUCAAAAAUCGUAGGCCAUGCUAGUUUUGACCUACAAAGUUAAAUUUUGAAUUACAAAAGUGUUUUUCUAAUAUUCAAUUUUAGUUUUGUUUUGCGAUGAAAGUUUUCUCUUUUGCUGUCAAGAAGUUUAUCUGGCAAGGAAUUCCGAGUGUUUAAAACUGACUGAAGAGUUGGCCUACAAAUUUUUCCAUGAAAUUGUAGGCUAAUUUUUUGGCCUACAACAUACCUAAUUUUAGCGGUGUGCAGUGAUAACCAAUUUGUGCAGUGAUAAAAGUAAAAUGUGCAGUGAUAAAAUGUAAAAUGUGCAGUGAUAAAAUUUGCUUUGAUAAGUUGUUAAUUAACACAAGAGAAUGAUUUAAUUGACCAUUUGCGUAAUAGACUAAAUUUUGAUCUGAACAAAAAUUUCAAUACAGCUUGAAAGAACAUCACAAAAUUAGUAAUAUUCCAAAAUUUCGUUGCAAAAUGUUGUAAAAUGCGGAAAAUAUAGCCUUGCGAAGUUUACAAUUUUCAGUCAUUUUAGAUUACAAACCGGAAAUUGACAGCCUCGAAGGGUUUGGGGCUGUCAAUUUCCCGUUUGUAAUCUAAAAUGACUGAAAAUUGCAAAUUUCGCAAGGCUAUAUUUUCCGCAUUUUACAACAUUUUGCAACGAAACCUUGGAAUAUUACUAAUUUUGUGAUGCUCCUUCAAGCUGUGAUGAAAUAUUUGUCUAGACUUGUUUAGUUCAAAAUUUAGUCUAUUACGCAAAUGGUCAAUUGAAAUUGAAAUGAUGACUGUCAAAUUAUCGAAUUAAAUAAUAGUAUAUGUUUUUUGUACGAAAAUCAUGAGAUUCAGGCAAUUUUUAGUUAAUAUCUGGCUUUUGGUAUGUCGGGAAAAAAUUUUUGACCCUUAAAAUGGUACACUGACCAAAAUCUUAGUCAUUCGGAAAUUUUUGGCAUAAAAUGUGCAGUGAUAAAAAAUUCUUAAAAUUAGGUAUGGCCUACAACUUAUGACGAUUUGUCAUAAGUAAGCUGCUAAUUUGCACCCUGGUAUAUCCACAGUCAAACCAGUCUGAAGGCUAAUUAAGAUGCCAAAGAGAUAGAACAUAUUGACCCUUCCCUUGACGAGUAAAAUCAUCUGGUGUUAGACAGAGUAACUAAUAAGGUGGAGAUUUGGGUGCAUUGUAGUUCAAAUGGUUGAACAUCGAUGCUGAUAUUACAAAGAGGAAAUUGUAUUACAUACUCAAAAUAUCAUCUGAUCAUUUCUGUUUUAUAGAUGUUAAAUUUAUAUGUACCCUAUUUGCUUUCUAUUCUAGUGAUGAGUUUUAGUCCCUGCUGUCCUUAUAAGUGAUGGUUGGCUUUUAUUAGAAAAAAUAGAUGUGAAUUUUGUGGGGACUUAGAGGUGUCCGCAUUAGAGAGACGCCCAUAAGGAGAGGUUCGACUGACUGUAUCAAUCGUAUUACGAUAUGGUUAUAACUUACAGGGAAGCCGGAACUGGGGGGGGGGCAGCCGCCCCCGUUGCCCUUUACCAGGAGGGGCAAGGGGGGCAAAGGUGCCCUUUCAAUUUGAAGGAUUGCCUUGGCGAAAUAGCAAAUUGUCAGAAAUGUUAGUGCAAUUCUUUUACGAAUUUGCUUCAGAAAACGCAAGAAAUGCAGUCAUCGAGCUUCAAGAAUACCACAAUCGCCUGGCGGAGAACUCCCUCACACCCCUAUCAUCCAAUAAAUAGAAAACAUGAUUAGGCGAAGUUCAACUCCCGAUGUUUUGCAAACAUCUCUUAGUAUAUAUCAAUUCAAAAGUGCCCUUUCACGAAAAUCUGCUCCCCUUGCCUUCACAUCGUUCCGGCGUCCCUGAUAACUUACAUGCUCCAAGUAAUGCACCUAUACUACAGUGUAUGUCUAGGAAUAUUUGUGUAUGUCUAGGAAUAUUGUGUAUGCAUGGUGUUGAUGUUGUUUACAAGUCAUGUCUUGUCCACUGGUCCACAGUUUUCUCAAAAUUCCUAUUGGAAGAAAUUUUUGGGGAAAAAAUUUUUUCACAAGUUUUUAACAGAUGAUCAAAGAGGAUCAAAAUUGCAAAUAGGGUACAUAGGGUGCAAAAUUGCAAAUACGAUCAAAAAAGCAAAUAGGGUACAUACAAUUUGAAGUUCUUGAAAAGUUUUUUCAAAUUGCAUGAGAAACCAUAUACUAGAAGAUAUGACUUUUAUCUUCUCGUGUUAAAAACAAUAUUUUACUCACUCGUUCGUAAAAUAUUGUUUUCACCAUUCGAAGAUAAAAGUCAUAUCUUUGCGCGGCUGUGUAAUAUCCUCUCUAUAUAUAAUUGUUACAAUUACAGUCGUUAUACGCCCUGGUUUAAUUUAUGUGGCUGGUUUGGCAGUGAGUUCUCGUUCUAAAACUAAUUCACGUUCUCGUCUCUGGGCUUCAUCCUCAUCUUUCUUUUGUCUUUUUUCCUUCAACUUUAAAGAUCUUUUCUAUAA